AGAGACCAUCCGUCGAUGAACAGCAAUAUCACUUGGGUUUCAAAAUUUCUGGUCACGUUGAUACCAUCCACCGUCCGCCUUUCAGUUCUUUCAUCAAACUCAAACAUGGGGAAGGAAAGAAAGUCAGAACGUACGGCUACGAUCCGGACCAGAAAGUUUCUGACCAACCGGCUCCUUAACAGGAAGCAGAUGGUUGUAGAUGUUCUGCAUCCAGGUAGAGCAACAGUACCAAAAUCAGAAAUCAAAGCCAAGUUAGCUAAGAUGUACAAGACAACCGGUGAUGUCGUCUUUGCCUUUGGGUUCAAGACACAGUUUGGUGGUGGCAAAACCACUGGCUUUGCUUUGAUAUAUGACACUCUUGAAUACGCCAAAAAGAUUGAACCAAAAUACCGUCUUGCCAGACAAGGACUAGUUGAAAUUAAGAAGAUUGGCCGUAAGACCAGAAAGGAACGUAAGAACAGAAUGAAGAAGGCUCGUGGUACUGAGAAGGCGAAGUUGGCCUCCGCAACCAAGAAA